UUUGAAUUGAGCAUGUCGAGGGUAGAACUAGAAGCACUAUAACGCCCGGGAUCAUGGAUGAACUACUUCCUCAAGCUUUACCAAUUGGAGGUCCAGAAGUUUCAGGUGAUCUCGAAGAAGACAAUAAUAGGGCACCAGCCACUGCUGAAGAAUAUCUACAACGGGUUAGAAAUGAAGCAAGACAAACCCCAGAUGUUGUAAUUGCACACCUUGAUCGAGAUACGUUGAGAAGCAAGCAAACCGUCAUAGUCUCAAAUUCGACCGGUUUCAGCCCUGCUCCUAGAGGGUUUGCUCCCACCUCAACAUGGCAGCGUCAACAAUCUGCAUCAUUCUCAGAAUUACGACAGAGAUUAGCUGGAGUCACAGCAAGGAUCGCGGGCGAGAGAAACGACAAGAUGGAAUUGCCAAGGUACAAAGAUGAGGACUCAUGGUGUCAGUUCUGUUUAGGACGAGCAUUUCUUGAUCGGCUAAGAAAAAAGCAUGGGAGACCUCCGGUGGAUGAUGAAGAUGAUGAGAUUUGCAGUGAUGUAACAAUAACGACGCCCGUCCCACCAUUGGUCAGCAUCAUCAGUUCACUUGACCUGGCAAUGGUACAGAAGUUACUGGAAUACCACGUGGAGUGGUUAGAAAUGCUUGGUUUUUCAAUAGCACAGGGAUGCUGGCUGUUUGCUCUACUCGCUUGCCUGGAAAAACCUCUAUUAGCGGAUUCCACAGCUACGAUACGAACUCUCUCCAGGCACUGUGCUACGCUAAGAGCUGUGAUGGACUCCAACACAGAAGAGAACCUUGUAGCCCUAAAUCUCCUUAUCAGCAUCAUUGCACGAUACUUUGAUCAAACAGACUUAGCUGACAAUGGAUGACUUCACUCUCUUCAUUCUAAUAUUAUUGUCUUCCUGAUUCAGGCCAAUGUUGAGAUGAACUGUAUUUGCAGAUGGAUGUAGUGUUUUUUUUAUUUCCAACAGGCAGGUUCUGAUGAAAUAAUUGAUAUUAUCUGAAUUACCAUUCUGCAUAAAGACACUGUGAGCUUUGAAUUUGAACUGAGAAUGAACAGUGAUGAGCUUUGAAUGGCAUUGGAAAGAUGUUUCUUAUGUCUAAGGAUCUUGUGGAAAAUAAGUGGAUGAUCCUUUAUAGAUUUUUACUUCAGGGAUACCAGUGGCAAUGGUCUGUAGGGACAGUUUUUUACCAUUCUUUUUUUUUAAAGUUAAGUCUGUGUAAAUCAACCUCAUUGUCAACAUCAAAGUGUGUGCUUGGCUUGUAGUGUUUGACAUAAUUAUCGAGAUCACCGGGCAAUCAAGGUUGCUGUCUGUAUAUGUAGGGAGAAUUUCUUGAAGCAUUCUCUCAUUUUCCCUUCAAUUAUUGAAAAAAAAUAUCUAUUUAUUUGGAUGAUUUGGCCAGGUAGAGAUCAUCCAGCUAAAUAGGUAUUCUGUACCCAAUUGUUUUAAGAUGGUCCCAAGAAAUUUUGCAAGUUGUGAGAGCAGGUGCCUGGUACAGUGUUUCAUUUUAAUGCAACUAAAAAAUAAAAGGGGGGGGGGGGGACUUCGUAUAUUUUGGACAGUGGUAUGUGCUGUGGAGGGGACCCUAUUAUAACAAUAAUUUUCUGUUCCAGCGCAUACCAUUUUCCCCUGGCCAUGUGCCAAAGAAAACCUAUUCGAAGACAUAGAAGAAUCCCCAUACCAUCGCAGUAGACGGAAUCCCUGGCCACUGAUUGGCUGAUUGCACAACAAACCCUCUUCCAUUCCUUGCUCAGGGCUGUGUGCGAGAAUCUUUGCACAUCAUUCAGCAGAGCUCCACGGAGCACUAUUUUCUGUCAGUUAUAAAGCUGCCAGUGUGUAGAGUUUUGGUGUAUGUUCGGAUGAUAUUGUCACUUUGGUGGGCAGCGUCCAAAGUAGAAAAAUAUGGUUUUCGUCAUUUACUCAAAAUCUCAAAUUUUCAUAUUUAUUUGGUCCAGGGCAUCAUAUUUACAUGAUAAACAUUGAGGUCAAGAGACCCUCUUUUUGCACUAGUUUAAGAAGUUCCAGGGACCCACCCUUUUAUGACUAGCUGUGCUGGGUCCCCCUAAUUUUGACUUGCUGUCAAGUCUCUUACUAUCAUAGUGAAAGUAAAACCCACUAGGUCAAAUCAUCAUCUAAUACUCAUGGUCACUUUAAUGCCCAGAUGGUGUACUAUAUGUCUACUUCUCAUUUUGCACUUUGUCACAUGAAGAUUUAGUUCAUCUUAUAGGAUCUUAGAUGGAGUUUACGCUCAAUGGUCAGUAAAAAAAACUGGUUGUAAGGGAACUAGGAUCAUGUGGAAUGGAUACUGAAUGGAAGUAGAAUUGGGUGUAGACCCAAACUGUUGUGACUUUACCAACAAGAUCAGGAAUGCAGAAAAGCCACUUUUAAGGACAUUCCACAGUUAUGUUUUUGUGCAUCAUGAUCUGCCCAUGUUUUACACUCUGCGGGUUGAUGUCACAAUGGAUGAACAGGUGAUUAAUCAGCUGAAGGUAUGAGCUGAUUUUUGUCUCGCCUGCAUAGCAGAGCGAGACUAUAGGCGCCGCUUUUUCGACGGCGGCGGCGACGGCGUCAACAUCAAAUCUUAACCUUAGGUUAAGUUUUUGAAAUGACAUCAUAACUUAGAAAGUAUAUGGACCUAGUUCAUGAAACUUGGACAUAAGGUUAAUCAAGUAUUACUGAACAUCCUGCCUUAGUUUCAGGUCACAUGACCAAGGUCAAAGGUCAUUUAGGGUCAAUGAACUUAGACCAUGUUGGGAAAAUUAUUUUCAAAAUCUUAACCGAAGGUUAAGUUUUUGAAAUGACAUCAUAACUUAGAAAGUAUAUGGACCUAGUUCAUGAAACAUGGGCAUAAGGUUAAUCAAGUAUUAGUGAACAUCCUGUCUGAGUUUCAGGUCACAUGACCAAGGUCAAAGGUCAUUUAGGGUCAAUGAACUUUGGCCGUGUUGGGGGUAUUUGUUGAAUUACCAUCCUAACUCUGAAAGUUUAUGGAUCUAGUUCAUGAAACUUGGACAUAAGAGUAAUCAAGUAUCACUGAACAUCCUGUACGAGUUUCAGGUCACAUGACCAUGGUCAAUGGUCAUUUAAGGUCAAUGAACUUUGGCCAUGUUGGGGGUAUUGUUAAAUUACCAUCCUAACUCUGAAAGUUUAUGGAUCUAGUUCAUAAAACUUGGACAUAAGAGUAAUCAAGUAUGACUGAAUAUCCGGUACGAGUUUCAGGUCACAUGACCAUGGUCAAAGGUCAUUAAAGGUCAAUGAACUUAAGCCGUGUUGGGGGUAUUUGUUGAAUUACCAUCCUAACUCUGAAAGUUUAUGGAUCUAGUUCAUAAAACUUGGGAUAUAAGAGUAAUCAAGCAUCACUGAACAUCCCCUGUGAGUUUCAGGUCACAGAACCAAGUCAAAGGUCAGUUAAGGUCAAUAAACUUAGGCCAUGUUGGGUUAAUUGUUUAAGUGCCAUCAUAACUUUGAAAGUUUAUGGAUAGAGUGAAUGAAAUGUGGACAUGGGUGUAGUUGACAGUCUUAAGUCUCGGUUCAAAUGUCAUUUAUGGUCAAUGAACGUGGUAUUAUGUCAUUAUAUGAAUGAUGUUUUUGUGAAUGAUUAUUUUAGAGUAGUUUUCAAAGUUAGCACUGCUGCUAUAUAUUAAAUUGCGUAAUGCAGGCGAGACUGCCAGAGGCGUUCCACUUGUUCUCAUUAUCUGCACUCUAACUGCAGAUCCGAUGUGUUAUUUUAGGAAGCUAAUAAAUGGGGAUGGUAGAUGUACUUAGGGGACCUGCAUAUUAUGCUGCAGUAAGAGGUCACAUGGUAAGGUCAAAGGUAAUUUUCAGGUCAACGUUAUAGUUUACCUGCAAGACUCUUAUGACACAUAACUCCACAACCUUGGGUCAAUUUUAAACCAAACUUGGAUGGUAGAUGUGCUUUGGGGACCUGCAUGUUAUGAUGCAGUCGGAGGUCACAUGGUAAGGUCAAAGGUCAAUUUCAGGUCAACUUUAUAAAGUUUAUGUGCAAGACUCAUAUGACACAAACUCAGCAACUGUAAGUCAUUUUUUACCCAAACUUGGGUUGUAGAUGCACUGAGGAGACUUGCAUGUCAUGGCGCAAUCAGAGGUCACAUGGUAAGGUCAAUGUUAUGACACAUAACUCUGCAACUGUAAGUGACUUUUAUACCAAACUUGGGUUGUAGGUGUACUUAGGAGACCUGCAUAUUAUUAUUAUGUUCGGAGGUCACAAUGGUAAGGUCAAAGUUCAUUUUGAGGUCAACAUUAAUGUUUAUGCGCAAGACUCUUAUGACAAAUGUUAUUCCAUCCCAAUUAUUUCACAAUGAAGUUUUGAUAUAAUUCUGUUGUGCCCUCACAAAUCACAAAUUUGCUAUAUAUGCCUUGUUUAAAAUGCCUCUACAAUUUCAAAAUACUUUACUCUGCAGUGCUGCAAAGUAUGACAAAUAUUACCCGGAGUUUGAAUAAAUGAUAGAGUGGUGUAGAAUUUUUCCUCACAUAGAUACAAAGCAUUUGGUGCGUUUUUGGUGUUUUAAAAAGCACAUUUGCCCUUAUAAAAGUGUUGAUACUUUGAAAACAAGUGCAUGUACCCCUAUUUUUUAAUAUUUGCACCUCUUAGGUAUACCUUCCUCUACAACUUUGCAAAGUUUGGUGAAAAUGACAUGGGUUUUGAAUAGAGUGCAGCAUUUAUUAUUGUACUUCUCAUGUUUAUUAUUGAAAUGUAACAUUUUUUAGUUUGUGCUUUUGUUAUCUCUCACACCAUUUUUAAGAACUGACAGUGCCGUUAGACUAAAAAGAACAAACAAAUAGCAUUAUAAAUAAAUUGUCCAUCUUAAAGAUACAAUUAUUAACUAUAUUGCAAAAUUUGAUGAAAUUUUCAUGGAUUUUGACCGAGUAAUAGAGGUUUAAACGCAUUGUUGUAGUGAUCUCGUGAGGUCUAACAAUGCCAAAUACUUUUAAAUGCGCAAUUCUUAAGAACAUUAAUCAUCAAUUUGGGUGAAAAUUUAAGGUCUAUAGCAAAAAAUAAAGCACAUGGACCCAUGUUAAUUUUUGCAUAUUUGGAAUAUUCAGGUGCAGUAUUCAAAGUAUCUAUGUACAGUUUCAUGAAAAUGACAUGGAUUUCACUGGAACGUCCUUAAAUGCAGUUUGUGGUAUUCUUGCUUAAAGAUAGACAUAGGCUUUUGUAAGAUUCACAAUACAAUGUCAAUUAUUUUCAUGUCAAUAUUCAUGCAAGAUAAAAAUUUUCUCUUCAGCUGUGUUUUGUUGCCUUGUGUCUGUACGAACAAUAAAUAAACAAUCUUUUAUUUUA